CAUUAUAACAAUUUUUUUUACUCAAUUAAUUUUACGUCGUGGAGGAUGGCUACAAUGUAAGCCGAAAUGUUUGAAUUGUUUGAAUUAUUGACUUUAUUAAACAUUUUUAUUGUAUAUUUUAUUGUAUAUAUCACUGUUAACUUGCAUACUAUCGCGUCGACUCCUAUAGUUUUUUUUUAUUAUUAUUUGAUUGGAAUUAGAUUUAAUGUUUAACAUGAUAUUUUAUUAUUUUUAAUAUCAUUUCUUUUGUAUCAUUUUUAUGCGCUGUGUGUGAAACUCUUUUCAAAAUUAACUAAGUUUCAAUCAAAUAAGAGAGAAGCAAGUAGUUAACUAAAUCACUAAUCAGACAAUCUCUAGAAAUGUACUCUAGUUUAACAGAGUUGCUAAUUAAAGACCGGCUUUAAUUUUUCCCAAAAAAUAUGUUACUAAAAUUAAAGCGACGAAUUACAGGAAUAACGUCCAGUUGGAUUCUGUCAUUCUCUCAUCUUGAGUUCUCUGUUAGAACUCAAAUUGUCGUCAUAAUGAUUUAAAAUUAAUGCGAUGACCUAUGGAUCAACGGUUCACUCAGGAAGCGUCACGUGAUGGACAAUUUUACAUAUUUGGCUUUCAGUUCUGGAGGUACGACUUUAGUUUUCUACGAAACACAUGUCCUCGCACAUCUCCUUUCCACAAGUGUAUCUAUAAAUUUUUGUCACACCGUGGAUGGACCCUACUCCGUGGACACAGAGACGCUAUUGCUACUACAGACUAUAAGUGCACUCGUGUUUUGAACAUAGCUCGGAUCAACAGCCUCAAAAUGCUGCAUCAGAUGAAUCCUGAUUUCUUGGACGCCGAGACCGAAAGCUCGGGGAAAACAUGCCUGGAGUCACGCAUCGUGCGUCCAAGGAUAUCACGAAGAGGAGAUGGCAAUGAUUACAUUAUGAGCCCACAUUGGAACGAGUGCUUUACGUACGAAGAAGCGUACAAGAAGUCGCUGGAGCACCCGGAGGAAUUUUGGAGCGAGAUUGCCGAUUGUAUCGACUGGAGCAAGCCUUGGCACAAGGUCUUGGACAAUUCUAACGAGCCAUUCACCAAAUGGUUCGUCGGCGGUGAAUUAAACGCUUGUUACAACGCGGUGGAUCGUCAUGUGCACGCCGGGUACGGGGAGAAGACGGCCCUCAUCCACGACAGCCCCCAAACAUCGUCAAUACGCAAAGUGACGUACAACGAGCUCUUAGAAAAGACGUCCGUGCUGGCGGGCGCGUUGGCGGAUCUGGGGGUGCGCAAAGGGGACAGGGUGAUUAUAUACAUGCCGCUGAUCCCCGAGACUAUAAUCGCGAUUCUCGCCACCGCCAGACUCGGGGCGAUUCACUCGGUGGUCUUUGGAGGAUUCGCAGCGAGCGAACUGGCGUCGAGAAUCGAUCAUGCCGAGCCGAAGGUUGUUAUCGCCGCGAGUUGCGGCCUCGAACCGUCCAAAGUGAUUAAGUAUACUACUAUGCUAAACGGCGCCAUGGAUAUGAUCAUUGUACCGAAGCCGAAGUGUAUCGUAUUUCAAAGAAGAAAUGUGUGGGAGUCGCCGUUACUCGAGUCGCAACUCGACUGGGACGAUCUCAUGAAGCAAUCGAAACCUCAUCCGUGCGUAAUGGUCGAGGCGAACGAUCCGUUGUACAUAUUGUACACAUCGGGAACUACAGGGCAACCGAAGGGAAUUAUAAGGCCAAUCGGCGGUCACCUGGUGACACUCUGCUGGACCAUGGAAACGGUUUACGGAAUGAACAAAAACUCUGUUUGGUGGGUGGCCUCCGACAUGGGAUGGGUCGUCGGGCAUUCCUACAUUUGCUAUGGUCCCCUCGUCUACGGCGCGACGAGCGUCAUGUACGAAGGAAAACCCGAUAGAACACCGGAUGCUAGUCAAUAUUUCAGAAUUAUUGAACAACAUAGCGUAAAUGCGUUAUUCUGCGUGCCCACUGCUCUACGAGUUAUAAGACGAGCGGAUCCGGAAACGCUAUUAGGAAGAAAGUAUUCGUUAAAGUCCUUGAAAACGAUAUUCGUGGCCGGCGAGUUUUGCGAUUACGAAACGAAAGCCUGGGCCGAGAAAGCGUUUAAAGUGCCCAUUUUAAAUAAUUGGUGGCAAUCGGAAUCCGGACACCCCAUCACGGCGCUGUGCUUAGGAUAUGGUCAUUACGCUAAUUUGCCCAAGUUCAGUACGGGACUUCCUAUACCCGGAUACGAAAUACACGUUCUGCGCGACGACGGGAGUAAAGCGCCGCAACACGAACUCGGACGUAUCGCGAUAAAGUUACCGCUGCCACCUGGAUGCAUGACGACCCUUUAUCGGGCAUCCGAACGGUUCAAGCAAGUAUACUUCUCGACAUUUCCGGGUUACUACGACACGAUGGACGCGGGGUACAUCGACGAGUUCGGCUACGUUUACGUCACAGCGAGGGAUGACGAUAUUAUAAACGUAGCCGGUCAUCGAAUAUCCACGGCAGCGCUGGAGGAUAUUAUUCUAGCUCAUGCCGACGUGGUGGACGCUGCGGUUGUCGGUGUACCCGAUCAUACGAAGGGCGAAGUACCGCUGUGCCUCUACGUUAGACGAGAAGACGCGAUAAGCAACGAGGAAGAGAUAAAUCAGGAGCUGGUGACGCGGGUGAGGAACAUGCUGGGGCCGAUCGCGUCUUUCCGCACCGCCGCCGCUAUUACCGCGCUGCCAAAGACGCGAUCGGGGAAGAUAAUCCGAAAGUCGAUCGCCACGUUGGCGCGAUCGAAGCAAGUCAAGAUUCCGAGCACGAUCGAGGAUCCGACGGUGUACCGCGAGAUCAAGGAGGUGCUCCAGAAGCUCGGCUACGCGAAACUCGCCCCGGAUCCGCAAUGACCGCACGAUCGGGCGAUCAAUUCCUCUGCGCGCGCGAUGUGAAGAAAGACAGAGAGAGAGAGAGAGAGAAAUGAAUGGAAGAGCAUAUUCAGCAUAUAA